AUGAAUGCCAUUGAAUGCGACGAGAAGUCCCUCCGAGCCUACUAUCAAUCGUGGGAGUCCUAUUUUGGAUAUCACAUAAUGCUUGAUGGCGCCCAGCAUUACGGCUACUAUGACGAGGACACUUACUGGCCCGUCCCUAUUGGUGAAAGUCUGGAACGCAUGCAGGCCAAGGUGGCAGGGCUUCUCGCGCUCCCUGUGGGAUCCCAGAUCCUGGAAGCUGGGUGUGGUACUGCUAGGGUUGCGCUCAGCAUAGCGCAGCGGGGGAUGCGCGUGACGGCUAUUGACGCUCUUGAUUACCAUGUGGAAAAAUCGAGGCAAAACGUCGCGCGUGCGAACUUGAAAUCAGGGGAAGUGACGGUUAAGAAGCUAGAUUACCACCAUCUCGAGUCGAUUCCCCGAGAAUCGCACCAUGGGGUAUAUACAGUACAGGCCCUGGGGCACUCGGAUAAUCUGGAGGUGGCAUUGAUGAACUUUUAUCGCAUCUUGAAACCUGGUGGUAGGGUUGUCCUGUUGGAAACUGAACGUCGUCGUAUACACAAAGGGGAGCAAAUAGGGGAUGCCCUUUCUAAAAAAAUGAGACGGGUGAAUGAGUAUGUGGGAUACCCGACCAACGAGAUCUCCAGGGAGGGAUACUUUGAGGAUCUUCUCAAGAAAUCGGGGUUUGUAGAUGUGGAAAUACGGGACUACUCCAAAAACAUCUUACCGAUGCUGCGCAUGUGCUACUUCAUUCUGUUAGUACCAUACUUCUUCGUGGAGUUAUUUGGACUGGAAAGGCUCUUUACUACUAUGUUUGCUAUACAUUGUGGCUAUACUGGACGAGAACGCUGGAGAUUUAUUGCAAUCAGCGCAACAAAACCUCAAGGAUGUGAUUAA